UGAUUGGGCGGACGAGCUGCCGCUCACAUUUCAAGCGGCCGCUUGGGCGGCGGGGCUGGUUUAAAGGCGCCGCCCCUACUCCCGUGCCCCAUCCAGUGGCUGAGGGAGAGAGAACGAAGCGGCUAGCGGGGACCGGCGCAUCACGCAGCUCUACAACAAUGCCUGGGUCUCUUCCUGUGAAUGCUGAAGCCUGUUGGCCAAAAGAUGUGGGAAUUGUUGCCCUGGAGAUUUAUUUUCCUUCUCAGUAUGUUGACCAGACAGAAUUGGAAGCAUUUGAUGGUGUGGCUGCUGGGAAGUACACCAUUGGCUUGGGUCAAUCGAAGAUGGGAUUCUGCUCAGAUAGAGAAGAUAUCAACUCACUCUGCUUGACUGUGGUACAGAAGCUUAUGGAGAGGAACAAUCUCUCCUAUGAUUGCAUUGGGAGAUUAGAAGUUGGAACAGAGACAAUCAUUGACAAGUCAAAAUCUGUAAAGACUGUCCUGAUGCAGCUCUUUGAGGAUUCUGGUAAUACAGAUGUCGAAGGGAUUGACACAACAAAUGCAUGCUAUGGAGGCACUGCUGCUAUCUUUAAUGCUGUUAACUGGGUUGAGUCCAGUUCUUGGGAUGGUCGUUAUGCGCUUGUUGUUGCUGGAGACAUAGCUGUGUAUGCCACUGGAAAUGCCAGGCCAACCGGUGGAGCUGGUGCUGUUGCUAUGUUAAUUGGUCCAAAUGCUCCUUUAAUUUUUGAGCGAGGACUGCGUGGGACCCACAUGCAGCAUGCCUAUGAUUUUUAUAAGCCAGAUAUGGUGUCUGAAUAUCCUGUAGUUGAUGGUAAACUAUCUAUUCAGUGCUACCUCAGUGCAUUAGAUCGCUGCUAUUUUGUCUACCGCAACAAAAUCCGUGCUCAGUGGCAAAAAGAAGGAAGUGACAGAGACUUUACCUUGAAUGACUUUGGCUUCAUGAUCUUCCAUUCUCCAUACUGUAAACUUGUACAGAAAUCUGUGGCUCGACUGUUGUUGAAUGACUUUCUUAGUGACCAGAACUCUAAAACAGAAAAUGGUAUCUAUAGUGGCUUGGAAGCUUUCAGGGAUGUAAAACUGGAGGAUACCUAUUUUGACAGAGAUGUGGAGAAGGCCUUUAUGAAAGCUAGUGCUGAACUCUUUAAUCAGAAAACCAAAGCUUCUUUACUUGUAUCCAAUCAAAAUGGAAACAUGUAUACUCCUUCAGUCUAUGGCUGCCUUGCUUCUCUUCUAGCACAGUACUCCCCACUGCAGCUAGCAGGACAAAGAAUUGGUGUGUUCUCCUAUGGCUCUGGUUUUGCUGCUACACUCUACUCCAUUAGAGUUACACAGGAUGCCACACCUGGUUCUUCUCUGGAUAAAAUAACUGCUAGCCUAUCUGAUCUGAAAACAAGACUUGACUCAAGAAAGAGUAUUGCACCAGAUGUCUUCGCUGAAAACAUGAAGAUUAGACAGGAAACGCAUCACUUGGCCAACUACAUUCCACAGUGUUCAGUGGAUGGUCUCUUUGAGGGAACGUGGUACCUAGUGCGAGUGGAUGAAAAACACAGAAGAACUUAUGCUCGACGUCCAGUGCUGGGUGAUGGGCUUUUGGAAGCAGGAGCUGAGGUUGUCCAUCCAAGCAUAGUUCAUGAGCUUAUCCCGAGCCCUGCUAAGAAAGUGCCAAGAAUCCCUGCAACCACAGAAUCUGAAGCUGUUGCUGUCUCUGUUUCCAAUGGAGAGCAUUAAUAUACCUCUGUGAGGUGUGAAAUGGGCGUGUGGUGGGAAAGGAAAAGGGAUUAAAUAUUAUCUAAAUUUCACUGUACAGAAAUAUUCUAAUUGGAGCAUGGAAAACUGUUUAAACUCCUUGACAGGCUUUGUUUAAUGUGGUUUCAUAACACUAAAGCAUGAAUGUAUUGGAAAAGAAAAAGGCAAAGGUUCUGAGGGCUUUCAUAACUCUGGAUGUUGGUGUUUUAAAAAAAAAUUCAGGAAUGGGUGUACUAAUUACAAGAUCUUGGUAAGUGGACACAGAAAAACUGGAAUUUUGCUUGACUUCCCAAUUUAAGUGAAACCUUCUAAAAUAGGUUUAAAUGUGCAUGCACAAACUCACCCUGGGAGUAAAAUUUUCUAAAUGGAGGAGGGGGAGAAACGAAUGGGUUCCCUCCUCUCCCCAAAAACUGACCAAAAGCCAUUCUCUCUCUGUUUUUCAGAAGUCACUUUGGUUUUUAAUGUUGGGGUCCUCACUGCCUUGAUAAUAAGCAGUCAGUUUUCUAAAUACAAUAUACCCAUUUCUUCCCCGGCUAAAAAAAUUAAGAUAGGAGUAGGUAUUAAGUGAUCAAAAAUCUGUGACCACCUUAUAGAUUUGGUCUCCAUCUAACUCCUAGUGUCUGUAUCACAUCACUUUUAUCCACAUCCUUACAGCCCACCACUAUACUGUUUUGGCAACAUGAGCAGGGGCCAAGGACUGAAUGAAGUUGGAGUCUUCUGUUGUCCCUCCACUGAGCAGUUCUUGGCAGGGCAGUGGGAAGAAAGCUGCAUCUAUCAAAUAAAGGAUUUAAUUCCUUAAUUCUUUCAAUCUGGCACCUUUUAAAAAGCAUUUAGGUUUAAUACUCUUUUUUUUUUUUUUUUUUUUGGUCAGAAUGAUCACAGAGGAGACUUCUAGUCCUCAAUUUCCAAAUACUAUGGGGAGUUUAUUCAAACUGACAAACCACAGAGGGAAAAGUUGUGACAGCUCUUCCUUGACUCCUAGCUCUUCUACUGUAUUUUUCUUUUAAUGACAGGUUUUUAACUCUGAACUCAUGAUUGAUUUCACACUCCCCUUGUACUUCUAUAACAAGACUGUUGCAGGAAAACACACAAACCUUUUUCCAUCCUUCCAGUCUGAAAGCUGUUUAUCAUGCAAGGAGCAAAUGUCCAAAACUAGUGGGGAGACCAUUCUGAGUUAUCAAGAGCCUUGCUAGUUUGUAAAAUAUAUUUAAAUUGUUCUAAUGUACAGGACUGAGUCUCUUGUUUAAUUUUAUUUCACUGUCCACUUCUAAACUUAAUUGUCUAAUAUAAACUUGCAGAAAUGACAUGUUGCGAAAUGCAGGUUCUUGUGUAAUGUAGUGUUUGUAUAAUACACCGUAUGUCACUCAUGAGGAUUUGAUAACUUUUUUUGUUGGACUUGUACAGUCAACUUUCUAAAAUUUCAUUUAAUAUAAACUGAUGUGGACUAAUGGUCUAAGUGCUUUUACAGAAAGUGAUGGAGAAAUGAUGCAUGAAGAUACUUUUCCAAGUGUUUGGGUUUUUAGUUUCAUAAGAGCAACUCUAUUUGCUGGCAGAAGACAAAUUUAUCACAGAAUAAAGUCUAUUGCUGGCAAUGGACAGGCAAAGAACUACUGGCACAAAAAAAUUAACUUGCCAUCCUCACUAACACCGAAGCAGCUGCUUUUGUAAAUAAAGUUUUAGAGAUACUCAAACCGGUGUUUGGUGUAGUGCUGAACUGGUGUGGAAUACAUCUCUUAAAUGGAUUAGGAAGAAUCUAAUGACCCAGCAAACACUGGAGAGUGUACAGGUUACUGAUCAGGGAACCCAGCCUAUGCAGGUUUUCUAGUAUAAAUGCUUCACUUUUCCGUUCUGUAGUGGAAUAUUAAGAGGAAAAUGAAUCAGACUGUCUAGUUGACACUCUAACCCAACAAUAUUUAGAAUCAUGUUUUAGGACUGCAUCUUUCACUAUUAUGUACUGCUUGUUCUUUAAACCCAAACCAUUUCUAACACAGCUGUAGUCUGCAACAAUUCUUUUCCCAUCCCCUUUCCUUCAAUGUUUUGAAAAAGACUUGAUAGCUUAAUUUUUCUUGACUGCCCUCUUCCUCUGCACUCAUCUAUGACUACGAUGACUGCAGUUUCCUGUUACUUUUUAAAAAACCCAAGCUCCUUUUUACUACAUAAAAGCAAAUGAACCACCCCUCUUAAUUUUUAAUGUAUAAAAAGAGCUAUUUAAAAACCUAUUAGGCCAGUGUAAAUAUGGAAAAGCUGCAUCUGAACUUAAGUUCUGGUUGUCCAUUUGUAUUACUAACGGAAGCUGUGCAACUUCAAUUUUUACUUAGCCUAACAGGGGCUUACCUCUAGCUGUCAAAGUAGCUAUUUUAACUGUGCCAGCUCAUAGUGGUAUAACUAUUGGGGAACCUUUCUUACAGUUUGUAUUUAAGUUGAUGUAGGGGAGCAGAGCCCAAAACUUCUGAUUUAAGCAGAAGUUGGGGUAUCUUUGUCGCCUGUCUUACACACAAGGAUUGCAUAGGGCAACUGUCUCUUAAAAGGAUACAUAGUAAUGUGAAUAAGGCAAGGAGACCACUACUACAGGAGACUAGGCUAUCAGAAAACUCCCAAAACAACCCUAUCCCACUCUUGUGUAUGGGUUUGUAGUAUUUGGUGGUUGAUUUUGAUACCAGUGACCAUUAGAAGUAAAACAACAAAAACCCUUUUGGCUUUCGGUGCUAAUCUUUACUGCUGAAGUAACAUGAGCCAGAAGCACUGCAUUGUGGUAUGUUUCCUUAAUGCCCUAUGCAAGGACAUGAGUGUUGAAUCUAUAAGUGAAGCUAAACCCAGAUAAACUUGGAGUCUGGUCCUGUUAGCAGUAGCCCAUGGCCUUCAUUUGGAGCAGGGCUAGGUACGCCAUAGUUCUGCAUUCUUGAUGCCUCAUCUCCUUACUUGUAGCCUUAUUAAUAAGUUUGUCAUGGAAUAGCAGAAGUCACGGAUUCCAUGACUUUCUCCAACCUUCAUGACAUUGGUGCCCUGCAGCAGCCCAGCCACUGCUGCCAGCGGCGGGACUCUCUCCCUCAGCUGCAGGAGGGAACCCCCCUCAGCUCCCAGCCACCCGCCCAAGCUCCCAGCCACUGGGCAGGGGCGAGGGGCCAAAGCUCCAUGCCACUGCAUGCAGCAGGGCAGGGUGGUGGACCCUCCCGCCUCUCCAUUUUGUCAGGGCUGUUUUUAGUAAAAGUCAAGGACAGGUCACGGCUUCCUUGAAUUUUUGUUCAUUGCCCAUGACUUUUACUAAAAAUAUCCAUGACAAAAUCAUAGCCUUACUUAUUAAUUUACUCAAUGAUCAAACCAUAUGAGUUCCAGUAGAUGGCAGCAUAGUUGAGUGGACCUAGGAGUAGCAGCAUUUCUCACAGUGGUACUAAAAUAAAGGUGACAAAUGUUUGAUUUGAGUUAGUGGAGCAUCAUGUUAGGGUUUGAUUUUAAAUACAGGAUAACCUGUGAUACAUUACAGCAAUUUAAGGAUUUUUCAAAAGCUGAUCCUGGACUAAUGAUGAGAAAGGAAAAAACGGUUAGAGCUUCUUUGUCUGUUAAGGUGUAAUAGCUAAAAACGAAGCGCUAACAUUUAAUACCUAACAGUCUUGUCUUAAGUAAUAGUUAUAGAGUCCUUGUAAAUAAAUAUUCACAGCUGUUCAGGAAUCAGUCUCUUUAAACCAGAUUUUGUCCAUUGCAAAUUGGCAGUCAUUUAGAUUACUGUACUGUUGUGACUUAACAUCAGGCUAAUAACAUAAUAUU